AUGUCAUUAUCAAAACUUCUUACGCGAUCGACUGUGCGGGCGGCCUCUACAUCCACCGCUUCUCAAACCACCAAGGCUGCGGGGGAUAUCUCUAGUGUCUUUCCCAGCUUGCGACCGGAUUAUAACCCGGAGCCGCUGCCUCCUCGGUUUAAGCAUCUAAAAGAGAAGUUUUUCCGUGAGAACGAGGAUGCGUUGAAGAAGAGUUGGGAGAGAUUACUUCCCAGCCUGGAAGAGGAAGUACACAAAAUCAAGGCCAAAGGGAGCGAUAUUAUCCCGUCCGUGGAGUACUCUGAUGUCGUUUCUGGAAAUGUAUCUCAGGAGAGCCUGGCAGAGAUCCGUCACCGCGGAUCAGUCGUGAUCCGAAAUGUGGUGCCGCGCAAAGAAGCACGGGGAUGGAAGGAGAAAGUCGAGGACUACGUAGCUGCCAACCAGGAAAGAGUCAAGGCAUUUCCCCCGGACUCGCCGGCAGUGUUUGAGCUAUACUGGACGCCGUCUCAGGCAGAGGCUCGCGCUCACUCCAACAUGCUAGACACACAGCGCUUCCUGCAGCGCCUGUGGCAUUCCUCAGAUCCCAACACCCGAAUUUCGACACGGAACCCUCUCACAUAUGCAGACAGAUUGCGAAUUCGACAGCCAGGUGAUGGCAAAUUUACCCUAGGCCCUCACGUGGACGGUGGCUCUCUGGAGCGCUGGGAAGACCUCGAGUACUCGAGAGUGUACGCCAAAAUCCUUGAAGGCAAAUGGGAAGAGCACGACCCAUGGGAUGCGAAACACCGCGUUACUGCACAGAUGGACCUAUACAACGGCGCAGGGGCAUGCUCCAUGUUGAGGUUCUUCCAAGGCUGGCUCUCUAUGUCCAAUACAGCACCAGGGGAAGGCUCACUGCAUGUUUGCCCAAUGCUGACGCACAGCAGUGCGUACACCAUCCUUAGGCCAUUCUUCAACGGCGAGACGAUGCAGCCAACGAUAGACAAUACCUUCCCGGGAUCCGUUCCAGGUGCUUGCCAGGAAUAUAACCCCAUCACUCACCCACAUCUCGAAUUAGAAAAGACUAUGGUGCCUGUUCCGGAGGUUGAACCUGGCGACUAUGUUGCCUGGCACUGCGACUCAUUACACUCGGUAGACAAAGAACACCGCGGCAAGGGCGAUUCGAGUGUUCUCUAUAUCCCUGCCACCCCGAUGUGUGAUAUGAACGUUGAUUACCUGCUUAAGCAGCGGAAAGCAGCGCUUGAAUACUCCCCGCCAUGGGACUUCCCUGGAGCAGGCGGACCAGGCGAGAGCGGUUUCAAGGGAGCCCUGGACUGGAACUCGGUUAGGCCCGAGGGACAGCGCGCCAUGGGAUUGGGAUCACAGCCAUGGGAGAUCACAGGCGACAUGACCGAAGGAGAGAAACAGGCCGUUGAGAAGGCGAACAAGGCGUGCUUUGCAUAG